GCCAGAGGAAGCGAGGGGGGAAACUCCGUUUAAAAGCCCUGCACUCCUCCAUGUUAGCUGUGUGGUGGAAAACCAGGCUAGAGUUAUCCAAAUCCCACCGUGUCAUCAGCCAGGCUGGGGAUGGGGAGGGCAGAGUGAGACUCUUACAGGCUGCUGAAAUUUCUAGACUGCCAGGAAGUCCCGGGAAGUCUGUGCAAAUGAGAGCGUCUUAACUCCGGCCACUGGGAGAAAGGGACAGACCUUUGUCAUCCCUCCUGCCAAGAGUGUGCUACCUUUCUCUUCCAGCAUGCUGAGCGGCCGGGCUUGUGUGUGUCUGGGCCGUGCCUGGGCUAGCCAGCCCAGCCACCGUCAGGCCGCCUGAGCUCCAGCCUGGGGCUGGUCCCACCGCUCCAUGCGCUGCAGAAGCUCCAGCAGCAGCAGCAGCAGCAGCAGCUGGAGCCGCCAACAUGAGCUGCAGAGAGGGGACUGACAGCAGCUGCAGCUGCGGUGGGCGAGAGGAGAACAGGAUCCUCAAGUGCGUGGUGGUCGGGGACGGCGCGGUGGGGAAGACCUGCCUGCUGAUGAGCUACGCCAACGACGCCUUCCCGGAGGAGUAUGUGCCCACUGUGUUUGACCACUAUGCAGUUACCGUGACGGUGGGAGGCAAGCAGCACUUGCUUGGACUGUACGACACAGCAGGACAGGAGGAUUACAACCAGCUGCGGCCACUCUCCUACCCCAACACCGACGUGUUUCUCAUCUGCUUCUCUGUCGUCAACCCUGCCUCUUACCACAAUGUCCAGGAGGAGUGGGUCCCAGAACUGAAGGACUGCAUGCCUCACGUGCCUUACGUCCUCAUCGGGACCCAGAUUGAUCUCCGGGAUGACCCCAAAACCUUGGCACGUCUCCUGUACAUGAAGGAGAAGCCCCUCACCUACGAGCAUGGCGUGAAGCUGGCCAAAGCGAUUGGAGCACAGUGCUACUUGGAAUGCUCUGCCCUAACUCAGAAGGGUCUCAAAGCGGUGUUUGAUGAAGCUAUCCUCACUAUUUUCCACCCCAAGAAAAAAAAGAAGGGCUGUUCAGAGUGCCACGGCUGCUGUGCGAUUAUCUGAAGUUGCCUGAGACCUGUCUCCCGGCCACCCAAGGGUGUGAAGAGCAGCCAGUCUCUGGGACCCACCUCUAGCCAAAAGGGAGGGCAUGACCAGAAAGGAAUCCCUGCCAGCUUCCCAGCUCAGCAUCCUGUCACCACGGCCUCUCCCCAGGCUGGAGCACCCACACUGCACAUGGAGAACGCUGAGCCACAUUCAGACAGUGCACUGGAGAGCUGUUGGGAGCAAGUCACAAUUGUCCUGUAUUUCACAUCUCCCCGCCCACGGAUGUGAGCCAACAGGAAGUCAUGCUGGAAAACCAAACACUCUGUCCUGCAGUGGUGGCCUUACUUCCUGCCUUUGCCAAACUUGGGAAUACAAUGCCGACAUUUUUCCUGAGACUGUUGUUUCAGCCAAGUGUCUUAACAUUUGUUUCUAUUACAGUUUCCUGAGGUCCAGUCAUUUGAGCCUCGCAAGUCCAUAUCAAAAUAGUUCAAAGACAAGCUGGAUUAUGCUCACUCCCAUUGACAGUGGGUCUCUGCCAAUGUCCUUAGAGCCAACAUGUACCUCUGAUUGCCUAAUUACAAAACAAAAGCAAAAACAAACAAACAAAAAAACUUUACAACUUUUAUAAACUGUCAGACCUAUAACUUUUUAGCCUUUUUAAAUGAAAACAUCCUGUGAAUUAUUACACCUUCUCCAGUUUUGCCAAAGAUUCAUCCUACAAAUGCUUCAGAUGACAGGGGGCCUGCUCUUGCAAAAUCUACAGUCAUUCAACCUGAGAAUGGACUGUCUUUGAAGAAAGAAAUAGAUUCCUGCUUUUCAUCUAAAUUGGUCAGGACAAGAACAUGGCAAAAGCCAUCUUCCCGAUCCAGCAGAGUGGGCCUUCCCCACCCCUCACAGAAGGCCUGCCUUCCCUCCAGCCACACUUUCUCCUGUGCCCAGGAGAAACUGGGGAACACUGUGUUCCCCAGUCACAGCCUGGCCUUAAAAGAAAAGAGUGGGGAGGGCUCUGGACACCAGACAUGAAAACCAUGUCCCAGAAUCCUUCAGGGUCAAAGUGCCUUGACUCUUCUCUUGGUUCAGCUAAAAGUGCCACUGGGCUUGCCCACAUUAAGCUUCAGUUCAGGACAGAUUCCAGAUGCAGCCGGUGUGAAAAAUAUUGCCUCUCUCCCUCUUCCCUUAACUCCUUCUCUCAAAUGUCCAUGGAGGACAAGCUCAAGUGGAUCCCAUUCCAGGCUGGGGCACUGCACCUAAUGGGGAGUUGGACCCUGAGCAGGAAAUGCUCCCAGUGAGAAAUCCUACACCUUUCAACAUGACAAUUCCCAAACAGCCAGGGACGCUCUGUGUUUUAAUUAGAGGCUGUGAUUGGCCCUGAUUAGUCUUAUUUGCUUACAAAUGCCCUGGAAUUACCCAGGGAAGCUGAUUUCUCCCUUUUUUUUUUUUUUAUUGCAUCAGUAAAUCAUAUCUUAGCAAUAUGAAAAUAUUUCACUUUUUCUGAAUUGAAGCUCCAUCUGUUGGGAAAAGCAUCCCAAUCUUUCUAGUCUUUUCUGCUCAUAGAGAACCACAGAAGAGAAUUGUAUGAUAUGGGUCUUCUUAAGACCUUCCCUGACACCCCUUUAGUCUUUGGGGUUUUGUUUGUUUGUCUGUUGUUUAGAAUUUCUGAAAUGUAUUUUUGCUUCCUCUACAUGUCAGUACUGUUUGAUUUCUCUCCCAUAUAAUGGCAAAGAGUUUUCUGAAAUACACACAUACAUGCAUUCAAGUACAUACAUGCAUAUUAUACAUGCACACUCACAUACAUGCAUGCACAUGUGCUACCUAAAAAGGAAAUCAGAGUUCUGUCUGCUUUCAUACAUGGAAAUCAAAUACGCAUGAGCCAUAGUACUGUGGAGGCUAUUAUUUACCUUCAGCUAGGCAAUGCGUAUGUGAUCCUAUAAUGACAUUAGUGCUGUCAGCCAGUUUUGCUACAGUAUGGCAUAGUUACAUCUUGCUAGCAGGCUGUUCCUCACUUCUUAUUUUUGUGGAGGAAAGACUGAAAGCAAUAUAUUGUCUCCACCAGAGUUGCCUAAUAUGUGCAGUCAACAGGCGGAUCUCUCCCCCAGCCGUCAGCUCCAGAAUGGACCAAUGAGAUUUCUAUAGCAGGACCUGAUUUGUUUCACAAAAACGUCUGCUGCCCCAAGGUUGAAUAACAACUGUUCUGAGAACUGGAAACAAAAAAGAAUUAUAGAAAUCAAAAGAAAGAUUUGCUAAUACUCCACUUCAUCUUCCAAAAGUCAACAAAUGGCAGCUGAUAUCCAUGUGAGGACAGAAAAGGUCUCAGAACCUGUAGCACAGUCCCUCAGUGUGCAGAUGAGACACUCGGCUGGGAUCAACUGAGAGCAAUUGUGCCAUGCAGAGCUGAGGCAAAUCCCGACAUCUGCUUCCCACCCAGCACCCAGCAGUCCCACACUAGUUCAUUUGUUGUCACCCAUAUCAAGUUGGAGUUCUGCAAGCAGAUUGGUAGAGUUGCAUUUGUUUCUCUUAUAUCUUUCAGCCAUAUUUUAACUGCUUAAUUCCAUGUAGUUAAGCCUCUGUAGACAAAGUAGUAAUUCACCACACUGGGAAGGUGUGAUAAAGUGAUGAGAAUUUGAUCUUCUCACCAAUAUGCCUGCAAUCCAGAGCAAACGGCCGUGUAAUUAAGUAGCUAGUUUGAUGAAUUUUUUUUUUUCACUUUGAUGGUUGAUUGUUCAAUAGAGUUGAUGGACAGCUUAAGCUAAGACACAAACCAAAGCCAUGUUCAUAGUAAGAAACCUGGGCUGAUUUCUUUCAAGGAAAGUUACGUUCUAAGAACCACUAUAGAAGUCAUUAACAACUACAACCUAAACCAGGAAUUACAGAAGAGCAAAGUCAAAACCUAAGCUCUGCACUUCCAAUGGGGAGUGGGUUUCAAGAUUUUGGGGGGUUUUUUGUGGGUG